AGAGAGAGAGAGGCAGUUGGUUCCCUCUCAAAGAGCAGAGCAUAGUGUGCUGCAGAGCGAGCAUACACAAGUACGAGGGGCAAAAAGAGGAAGGAAGCGCGAGUCGAGGUCUAGUAUCUCGCGCGUUCUCGGCGCGGAUGCAUCACCGCUGAUAUACUCUCGCUCGUAUCCGCCAAUCGCCUCUCGCUGCCGCCGAGUCCCCGAUUAAAAGCUGUGCUUGCGAUCGAUGACACAACGACGCGAGGCGUUUCGAAUCCAAGUCGAAUGAGCAUCGUCGGCUGAAUAAUCGGCUCGGGACACACAGACACGAGCUCGGCUGAAUUCAAUUUGCAGCAAAAAUUAGUGAUAUAUAUUUUACCCGUGGGCGCAAGCGUAUAGGAAAACUCCUAGAGAACAACUCAACGUGAGCCGAGUCCGAGCUUGUUUACCGCUGCUAGGAUCCAAGCGGUAAUCCAUACCUAUAAAGCGAGACAGAGAGAGACGCUCGCAGGCAACGGCACUGCUAGGCAGGUAGUAGUUGGUAUACAAGAGCAGCUCAGUGCUACACUAGCGAGCGGCGAGUCCGAUUCCAGGCCGUUCCUUAUUUUCUGUACGCACAAGCAUGGCAGCCGAGCAGCAGACGAGGCCGACUUACCUCGGCUUGGACUUUAGCACGCAACAGUUGAAAGCUGUGAUCGUCGACGAUGAUCUGGCUGUGCUUCACGAGACCAACGUGCAGUACGACAAUGAUUUGCCCGAGUUUAGGACGUACGGAGGAGUGCUGCAGACCAAGGCCGAGCCGAACGUCGUGACGGCGCCCAGCCUCAUGUGGGUCAAAGCCUUGGAUAUGAUAAUGGACAGGCUGAGGGUCUGCGGAGUGGACUUUAGUCGAGUCGCCGCCGUAUCCGGAUCCGCUCAGCAACACGGCACGGUUUACUGGGCCAAAGGAGCUCGAAAGACCCUUGGGAACCUCGACCCCGACAAGUUCUUGCACGAGCAGCUCGUCAGCGUCUUCUCCGUCACGCCGGCGCCCAUUUGGAUGGACUCGAGCACCAGCCUCGAGUGUAGGCAGCUCGAAGAAGCCGUCGGAGGCCCCCAAAGAAUGGCCGAAAUCACGGGAUCGAGGGCUUACGAGCGCUUCUCGGGGCCGCAGAUAGCCAAGAUUUACAAAAAGAGGCCAGAGGCUUACGAAGCAACGGAGAGAAUCUCGCUGGUGAGCAGUUUCGCGGCGUCGCUGUUCCUGGGUGAUUACGCGCCGAUCGACUGGGCCGACGGCUCGGGCAUGAACCUGCUGGACCUGCGAAGCAAGGACUGGCGGGACGAGCUGCUGGAGGCGUGCGCGCCCGGACUCAGGGACAAGCUGGGCCCGAGCGUGUCGUCGAGCAGCGACUGCGGCCCCAUCGCCAAGUACUUCGUGGAGCGCUUCGGCUUCGACGAGAGGUGCCGCGUGGUGGCCUUCACCGGGGACAAUCCGGCCUCGAUGGCGGGUCUGCGCCUCAGCAGGGAGGGCGACCUGGCCUGCAGCCUCGGCACCAGCGACGUCCUCUUCCUCUGGCUGAACGAGCCCAGAGUCGUCGGCGAGGGACACGUCUUCUGCAACCCCGUCGAGGACGACGCCUACAUGGCCGUGCUCUGCUCGAAAAACGGCUCGCUGACGCGCGAGCGCAUCAGGAACAGCGCGGCGGGCGGCGACUGGAAGAUCUUCAACGAGCUGCUGGACAACACGCCGCGGGGCAACUUCGGCAACUGCGCGCUCUACCUGGACCAGCGCGAGAUAGCCCCGGCCGCGGUGGGCGACCACCGCUUCAACAAGGCCAACGAUCGCGUCGGCCGCUACAGCUCCAAGGAGGUGGAGGUGCGGGCCCUCGUCGAGGGCCAGUUCAUCGGCAGGCGGGCCUACGCCGAGGACUUUGGCUUCGAGCUCGGCCGGCGGACGCGGAUCGUAGCGACGGGCGGCGCCUCGGCCAACCAGGCCAUCCUCCAGGUGCUCUCGGACGUGUUCAACGCGCCGGUCUACGUGGCGGAGACGCCCAACUCGGCCAUGAUGGGGGGCGCCUACCGGGCCAAGCACGCGCUCCGCAAGCACGAGCUCUCCUUCGAGGACGUGCUCGAGAGUCUGCCGGAGCCGAGGCUGGUUUGUCGGCCCUACGACGACGCCAACAGCAUUUACGCACCGAUGGUCGAGCGAUACAGGUCAUUGGUGGAGCGAAUAUUGGCCGAGCAGGCCUGAGACCGACCGCGUGGCGCAUCCCAAGCAGCACAAGUCACAUCGGAUGAAAUUUUUAGGCAAACUAUCGUUAUUUUUACGAGACGAGCUCGGGGCUGCGGGCUCGUCGUUGUACAUAUUGAGCCGAGACGGGCUCGUUGUUCGGAGCGAGUCCAGUUCUGGCCCGGUCUGCUAGAACUACUUGAAAAAACUACUUUUACGACCAUAGUGAUAUAGCUAGCGACAAUUUGUAAUAUUUUUGUAAAUAAAUGGCCUUGGGAUAAGAG